UUUGUGGGGGGAAAAUGGACAACGAAAUAGCCUAACUGUAGACUACGUUGCGCGUGUUUAACCGAUGUUUCAACUGCGUGCCGUGCGCGCUCUCGUGCUAAUUCUAAUGAAGUAGUUUUCAUAGAGAGCCCGCUGAGGGCGAAAGGAAGGGAGGGAGGGCGUCGCUGUUUAAAAUGCUGUGAAUGUGACAGCCAGCCGUCCAGACUGCCAGCCUCAGCUCGGGGAGGGAAUGAGGAGAGACCUCCGCGAGGAAGUGACGCGACGCGCGCCGCUCAACAAGUGCCGCUCGGACCCUUUACCGCGAAAGCGCGUCGCCCCUGCGAGGGUGCAAACAUGACCGUGGUGCCCGGGGACAACCUGGACGAGACCGUGGCGUUGACGGCGCUCUCCCGGGAUGUUCACGACCCAGAGCGCGCCGAUCAGGAAUGCUGCGAGCGGGUGGUCAUCAACAUCUCCGGGCUGCGCUUCGAGACGCAGCUGAAAACCCUGGCGCAGUUCCCCUCCACGCUGCUUGGCGACCCCAGGAAACGAAUGCGCUUUUUCGAUCCGCUGAGGAACGAGUAUUUCUUCGACAGAAACCGACCCAGCUUCGAUGCCAUCCUGUACUACUAUCAGUCCGGCGGGAGGUUACGCCGACCCGUCAACGUGCCCGUGGACAUCUUUAUGGAGGAGAUUAAGUUCUACGAGCUGGGAGAGGAGGUCAUUGAGCUUUUCAAGGAGGACGAGGGCUUCAUCAAAGAGGAGGAAAGACCGCUGCCCGAGAACGAGUUUCAGAGACAGGUCUGGCUUUUGUUCGAGUACCCGGAGAGCUCCGGACCCGCCAGGGGCAUUGCGAUAGUGUCCGUGCUCGUCAUUCUUAUCUCCAUCGUCAUCUUUUGCUUGGAGACUUUACCGGAGUUCAGAGAAGACGGGAAAACGAACGACGAGCACCUGUCGGUGAACGGAACUGCGAGUUUAAAGAAGCCGAACCCUUUCACGGACCCGUUUUUCAUCGUGGAGACCCUGUGCAUCAUUUGGUUCUCUUUUGAGUUGCUGGUGAGGUUCCUCGCGAGCCCGAGCAAGCCCGCAUUUUUCAAGAACAUCAUGAACACCAUCGACAUCGUGGCGAUCAUCCCCUACUUCAUAACCCUGGGUCUGGAGCUGGCCGAGCAUCAGGGCAACGGGCAGCAGGCCAUGUCUCUGGCCAUCCUGAGGGUCAUCCGCCUGGUGCGGGUGUUCCGCAUCUUCAAGCUCUCCAGACACUCUAAGGGUCUCCAGAUCCUGGGGAAGACCCUGCAGGCGAGCAUGCGGGAGCUCGGUCUCCUCAUCUUCUUUCUGUUCAUCGGGGUCAUUUUGUUCUCCAGCGCCGUCUACUUCGCCGAGACGGACGACCCCGACUCGGGGUUCAGUAGCAUACCCGAAGCCUUCUGGUGGGCUGUGGUUUCCAUGACGACCGUGGGGUACGGUGACAUGUGCCCGGUCACCAUCGGGGGCAAAAUCGUGGGCUCUUUAUGCGCCAUCGCGGGCGUGCUGACCAUCGCGCUCCCGGUGCCCGUCAUCGUGUCCAAUUUCAAUUACUUUUAUCACAGAGAGACCGAGCACGAGGAGCAGCUACAGUACACGCACGUGACGUGCGGCCAACAGCAGCAGCCCGCGUUUGGCGACAGCAAACAGUCGCUCUCCAAAUCGGACUAUCUGGACUCAGAUGACGGAGACUCGGCCAAGCACGCAAACUGCAGCCCGCGUAAAGCAUACACGGGCAAACUGAGUGACGUGUGAACGCGCGGAGAGGACAUUCACGCACCCGAAGAGACGCGCUUGUCUCCGCGCGCGCGUUCUUGCCGUUGCGCGGCUCUGGUCGCACCGGGCAGAUGUCUGUGAUGGACACUUCAUUUGAUAACAGUGCGAUUCAUUUCUCAACUGUCUUCCGUUGGUGUUGUGGUUGGCGUACAGUAGGACGCAACUGUAGCUAUAUAGGCGCACAGAAGUAUUUGAAUGUUAUUCUUAUUAGUAUAAGCAGGCACGAUGAGAUCAAGCAGUAGCACGUGUACUCUUAGUAAACAAAUUCGUUAGUUUCACCCCAAAUUCGCUGCCUGUGCGAUCACAAAGUUUCCAUGCAAUGCGUAUUUGGAAAGAAAUGGACCAAUAUAUUAAUAUUCUAACUUUCUCAUUUUUCAAUCAGUCAAUAGAAAAAAAAACUUGGUCCAGCAUUUUUCAGAAAAAAAUGAUUUAUUGAAAAUCAGAACAUGUUGCAUUUUCAUUUCAGAAGUCAUUGCAUCUUAAAAUGGACUUGCUAAAUUUAUGCGUAAUGGCAACGCACCGCUGCAGUCGAUAAGCACGUUAGCGUCAUCUUAAUAUGAUCAACAGAUGUGUAGAGAUCGCAUGAAUGAGUGAGUCGGCAGACUGGACAUUUUAAUAGUCCAGCUCUGGAUAUGAAGUCUAAAAAACGAAGUUUAAUAGCCCCACCUAGUGACCAUUGACGGAAACCGUAUCCUUCAGGAGGAAAGUGUGUUUCCAUGGCAACCUUCCAUGCAGACGGUUCUAGACCAUACACUGUCCCCACGACUACAAGAAGAUACGUUCAUCACCUCAACAAAGAUGGACAUAUUUGACAGGCCAAAGAAAUAUUACUAUUAGUCAAAUUCCACACAGAUGAUAAAGUGUCACAAUGUACAUACAAAAUCAACAAUGGAAAAUGGACUAUGAUGUCACCGCAAUUCAUUGUGACGUCACUUGCUUUUGCACACUGAACAUUAUAGUGGACUCUUGCAGUGUCAACAAGGGGAGAACUGUAAAUGUAAAAUCAUCAGGAUCCUCUAACUUCUCUGCUUCUUUAAAUGGAUUUAAGUACAAGAAUAAGAAGAAUUCAGGCAAUGUGAGAUUUCCACGGCGUUUGAAUUCCACAUCUAAAGGUCCAGAGGAGACUUCAGCUCCAGUCAGUUUACUGAAACUAAGGCCGUUCUGAAGAGAUCUUUUCGUCCAUGUGUUCUCGCUCUGCAUGUACAGGUAUAUGAACGGGACAUCUCCAGACCUCCAUGUUGAUCUUUGAUGUGAGAUAAUCUUUCGUCUGCAUCAUUUGGGACAAAAGCUAUGCCUUAACAUCAACAGAAGCAUCAGUUUAAGGAGCAUUCACUGAGUUGAGAUGUUCAAUGCCUCCAAUGAGUUUUUCAAAAACUCCUGGACAACGUGGGAUUAUAGGAAACGCAAAGAUUAUUUUAAGCAUGUCGAGGUAGAAGAUGAUUUCCUUGAAAUCACGGAUUGCACAAGCCAUGUUUGAAAUGCUUCCCCGUGUAUAUUUGCCCCCAAAACAACAUGCUGUUGAGAGAAGUGUGUGCAAGUAUGUGUUUAUGUGUCUUUAGACCAGCAAACUAUGUCAUGUUUAAACAUUACAUAUCAAAUGCUAUACCAAAACAUAUGUCAUGCGUGGAGUUGGGCAUGGUAUAAUUUUUUAUUAUUAUUCUUAUUAUUACCAUAUUAAUUUAUUUGAUUUGUCAUGCCUACAAACUCAGAAAUCGUAUAAAAUGGGAACAAUGUAAAAAUAUCAACAAAGAAAAAAUGACUUGACUGUUGAGGUAAACAUUGUUAAUUAUCUAUUUUUUUAAAGUAUCAUAUAGGUUUUAUAUAAGAAGGAUGGUAGAAGGUUAUUUUUCUAUAUUUUUGAAUAUUUGCUAAAUGAUUUUCACUCGGUUUAUUUUAGCAACAGUGAAACGAAUCGAAGAAAUGUUUAAUUCUGUCAUAAUCGCUGCACCUUUUUUCCUGAGAUUGUUUAUGCAGUACAAACAUGCGUUCAAACGCAAAGGUUUGUGUGUUUCUUUGUUUACUGCGUGAUUGUUAAUACUGUUUUAGAAGGCUUUAUCGCCUGCCAUCGUAAGCAUCUACCUCACUGUGCUGAUUGGCGGUUUUACUUUGUUUAUCUCGCUGUGUUGAGUUACAUCGAGCUAACCAUACGCCUUUUUUCUGAAAACAGCAUGUGCAAAUGUCAGGAUUCAUCAUGUUGGUAAAAGUUGCAUAAUUUGAUCCCAUCAAAAUGGAACCAAAACAUAGUAAAAUGAUUUUAAUAGAGUUGUGAAGCUAAAACCCUUUAGUAUUAUUGUGCAAUAUUCAUUUUAGGGAAACACGUGUAGGGAAAAUGUGAGAUGUUACGAUUUUUGUUGUUUUCAAAACAACUGUCAUUUUUGGUAGUAAACUGGAUGUAAAAUGCUUUAGCUAAAGGGAUACAAUGCAUGUUAUCAUUUAUAAGACCACUUCAAAUCACAUAUGUACUUCAUUUUGAGUCUAUGAACAUGAUCUUACAUAACUUGUAGAUGUCCUCUCCCACAAUUUAAAGGAGCAGUUUACGUAAAUAUGAAAAUCUCUAAUAUUCUACUCACCCUAACGGCAUCUCAGACGCAUAUCAUUUUCUUUCUUUCGUUCAACACAAAUUAAUAUUUGGUCACACUUUAUAAUAGGGAACAAUUCUCACUAUUAACCAUCUAUUAGCUACUACUUUUGCCUCAAUAAACACCUAAUUACUGUUUAUAAGGUCAUUUUUAGGUGUAGGUAUUGGGUAGGAUUAAGGGAUGUAGAAUAACCUAAUGCAGAAAAAGGCAUUAUGUGCUUUACACGUACUAAUAUACAAGCAAUAUACAUGUUGCAAGUAGUUGAUAAAGAAUUUAUGUACCUUGAUGUAAAGUGUUACCGAAUAUUUAAUCUUAAAUCCCAUGUAUGAAAUUAUCACGGCAGUAUUUUAACAUAAAAGUAUCUGUUUGUGUUGAGAUAAAAAAAGUAAAGUUGGCCUCGGGAUGGCAUUUUAUAACUUUCAUAUUUGAGUUAACCCCUCCGUCAAUACGUCUUUACGAUUUAUUUUAUUAACUAUGGAAUGGAACAGAAAUGGAACAUUGUCAAGUCCGAAAUCAUUUGUGCGGUCUAAACCAGUUUAUUCGGGAAAUUUACAUUCAGUUGGAUCUUCAUGUGAAAGCAUUUCCACAAAUUCCAAAAAAGGGGUCAUAUGACACGGCUAAAACAAAUAUUAUGGUUUGUUUUAGAUGAAAUGCAAUGUGUAUACACGAAUAAGGUGAAAAAUGCUGUAUUUUCCACAUACAUACAUGUUUGUAUCUCCUCUUUGCUCCGCCUCUCUGAAACGCGCUGAUUUUUUACAAAGCUCAUCGCUCUGAAAAGUGAGGUGUGCUAUGAUUGGCCAGUUAACCGGUGCAUAGUGAUUGGUCGAAUACUGCAAGCGUGUGACGGAAAUGUGAUGCCUCUUACCAUAUUUGGAACAUCCAAAGCAAUUGUACUGACAGGUGCGCCCACCUUACUUGCAUAUACAUUUGGGUGGUCUUAGUCAAAUUAUACCACAAACUGACGUAGAUUUGUGGGGGUGUGGUUACACGAGGCGUUUCAGGCAGGUCUGGGUUUGCAUUCGCUUUUAGAUAGAAUGCAUCAAUUUUACGAGUCUAAUACAUGCAUGGGCAACUUAUAACACACCAAAGACACAGAAAAUCAUGUUCGCGCCAUAUGACCCCUUUAAAUGUUGUUUGUGACGUCAACAAAAACCCAGCUCACCACAAACUCAGUUAUCCCUUUCUUUUUAAAGUGAUGGGAGAGGUGCUCCUUCAGAAGCCAGUGUCUGUUUUUUUCAUCGCCAUCAAUCCCACAAUCCACUCUGAGAGCAAGAUACUCGACUUUCAUAGAAAUUUCAUAGAAACUCUCGUUCGCAAUUCACAAGUGGGAAUUUUUUUUUUACGGUUGCGAAGUCAAAUCUCUCUUCAUUGGAAUCGCCCAAACCUUAACCUAACCUGUCUGAAGUUAUGGUUACAGAACGCAAGGAAAAUUUACAUUCGUAAUUGUUUACGUUCAAAAUUUACAUUAUAUCAUUGCAAAGUUUAACAUUGGGCCCAAAUCUGAAGUGUCGACAAAAGUUGAUGCUACAUGCCACUUGAGACGUAGACACAAGUUUACAGCAAAAUUAUGUACAAACGCUUCGUUAAAAUAUUCAAUUUUUUCCUUUGUCUGCUACCAUACACAUCGCUAGUUUUGUAUGAAUUGUAAUAUCAAUGCCAUGGCUCUUGAACUUUUAAAGUUAGCAAUGAAAUAUUUUCCAUUAUUUGGUUGCAUUGCUGGCUAGUUUCUACAUUUUGAACUAAAGUGAUUCUACUACGCUUGGCAUGUGUAAAUGUUUUACCAACCGUGACAGGACUGUAGGCUAUAAAAGAUGUGUUAGGCUAGAAAUGCCCCAGGAUGGCCCUGACACAGACAGUCAACAGAUAUUUUCAUUAAGAUACGAGCCUCUCAACAUUCACAUCAUUCCCCGUGUGAUUUCAUACCCAUCCCAUCAUAUCGCCGUCGGCUGUCUGCUGCAUGUAUAUUCUCACAUGUAUAUUUACACUGUUGCCUGUUAAGAGAAUUAUGCAAAGAGGGCGUUGAAUCUCUGUGUGAGUGUGCAUUUCUGACAUGCUCAUGUGUGUGUGUUUAAAGCAGGGAAAGUGAUUCUCAUGCACACAAAUGGAUCAUACAUCUAUGAAAACCGCUGUGAUUAUACGGAUGAACCGUGGCACACCUGUCUACGAUUCGUUAUCAAUAGCAAUAACACAUGAUAAAUCGUAUGAAUCCAGAAUUUCACUGUUGCUUUGCACAUGAUGUCAAAGAUGGUUGUGUACAUAUGUUUCUUUGAUAGUGCCUUAUAUCCCAUGUCAUAUUCUAAGAAAGGUAUGCAUUCCCGGUUGUAUUCAUUGAUUUGAUUACGAAUGUAACGCAUCUGAAAUCUUGCUUGGGCUGUGAUGUUCUUCAUGCGAGCGAUUGUAAAUGAUUUGAUCUCAGCAUAUCAAUUAUUCAGCAGUGGUAGUUCAAAGACGUCCACAGCUUUGCACGCAGCCUACAAUAACCCCGUCAUAAUCCAAGCAUCAUUCAAGCCACACUGCCGAUAAAUCAGAUACGUGGUCCCAAAUGAGUGGAUGAUAACAUUAUGUUAAUGCAGUACUAUCAACGACCACUUAUAAAUGAAGUCAUGACGUGUUAACUCAUGCUAACAUAUGCACCUUUUAAGUUGAAGAAUGUUGAAAUAAUAUUAGCAAAGAUUAAUAAAUGCUGUGAAAUGAU